AUGAGUGGACAGGCUGCUAGCUAUUACAACACCGGUGAGGGCGUCGGCCAGCAGGGCCAGCCCCAACCGGGAUACAACUACAAUGGACAGGAAAAUGGCAAUUACCAGCAGCCCCAGUACCAGCAGCCUGCGGGCUACCAGCAACCAGGCUAUCAACAGCCUGCAGCUGAGCCUAAACCUCCCCCGCAGUACCAGCAAAAUAUGCCGCAGUCGGGAUACAACUUUGAUGACGCAUUUAAGAUCGAGAAGCCCAAAUGGAACGAUCUGUGGGCUGGUCUCUUGCUGAUCGCAGUUUUCCUGGGAUACGCCGCUGUAUCUGGAAUUACAAUCCACAAGUAUGCGACCAACAAGGGCUUCAAUGGAGGAGGCAUCUACGGCUCGAGCAAUGAUUUCUCCCUAGAUACCAACACACUCGUCCUCUUCGUCUUCGUGCUCGUCGUUGCCCUCGUCUUAUCCUGGCUUUACUUCAUGGGCGCGAGGUACUUUACCAAAACAUUCAUCUGGGCGACCGGCAUUUUGAACAUCGUUUUCGCUCUCGCAACCGGCAUCUACUACAUCGCGCGCAAGCAGUAUGGAGGUGGAAUCGUGUUCCUGCUCUUCGGCGUUUUCGCAAUCAUAUGUUUCAUCAGCUGGAUCCCGCGCAUCCCCUUUACGGCAUUCAUGUUGCAAACCGCCAUGGACGUGGCGCGUGGAUAUGGUCACAUUUUCCUCGUCAGUGCCUUGGGUGGCAUUGUCACUGUCGCAUUCUCAGCCUGGUUCUCUGUGACUCUUGUCUCGAUCUAUGUCGCCUACGAGCCCGACUCCUCCGGUACUAAUCCUUCAUGUGCCAAUGGUGGGUGCAGCACAGCUAAGGUCAUUGGUCUGGUUGUCUAUGUGACUUUUGCCAUGUACUGGCUCAGCGAGUGGAUCAAGAAUACCGUGCACACUACCAUCGCUGGCGUGUAUGGAUCGUGGUACUUCUGGAGCAAGUCUGCCGGCGGUAUGCCCAAGGGCUCGACCCGUGGCGCAUUCCGACGUGCGACAACUUACUCGUUUGGCAGUAUCAGUCUAGGAAGUCUGAUCAUUGCAUUUGUCCAGAUGCUGCGUCAGGCAUGUUCAAUUGCCCAGCGUCAUGAAGCCCAACAAGGGAAUCUUAUUGGCAGUAUUGCCAUGUGGGUGUUGGGAUGCUUCAUUUCGCUCCUAGACUGGCUCGUUACGCUAUUUAAUCGAUAUGCCUUCUGUCAUAUUGCAUUGUACGGCAAGCCCUACAUCCCUGCCGCGAAGGAUACCUGGAAAAUGAUGCGUGAUCGGGGCAUCGAUGCCCUCGUGCAGGAUUGCCUUAUGGGCCCGGUGUUGACCAUGGGCUCCACAUUCGUCGCUUAUGUCUGCGCUUUACUGGCUUAUUUGUAUCUGCAGUUCACCAAGCCCGCAUACAACAAUGAUGGCGACUUCACUGCUGUCAUCAUGGCGUUUGCAUUCUUGAUUGGUUUGCAGAUCUGUCAGGUCUUCAUGACGCCGAUUGGGAGUGGUGUCGAGACUAUCUUUGUCGCUAUGGGCUGGGAUCCUCAGGUUAUGAUCAAUGAUCACCCUGAGAUCUACUACAAGCUUGUUGAGCUUUACCCUCAGGUGCAGCAGGCGGUUCACGCAUGA